GAUGUGGGGAGGAUGUGCCGGCUUUGGGUUUCCCGAAACUCAUUUUCCGUUUCAAAAUUUCUGCUAUUAUGUAUUUAUUAUACAAUACUUCAAAAACUUUGCUGUUUUAUACUCGGCAUUCUUAUUGGAUAAAUGCGCUGAAUAAACCGGCGAUGCGGUUGUCACCUCUCCCGAUGCUCGGUGUUGUUCGUUCCAACGUAGCGCUUUGAUUCUGAUGGCCGGAGGACGCGAAGAUCCUAUGUGAUAACAAGCUGCCUGUUACUAAUGCCUUGGAAGUGGCUGGUUAACUGCUUUUUUGACGCAGGGUUUGGUUUAAAGUUUUAUCGUCUCUCAAGACAAUCACACAUUGUCCGCCAAAGGAAUGUAUCGCAGUACUAAUUCAGGACAGGAUUUGUCAUUGUAGUUCUGUUUUGUCCUUGGUUUACAAAGGCUAACGAUAUCUCGCUAGCUAUGAUUGUUAUUAGACGAGACGUCUUAACCCUUAUAGCGUUUCGGUAGUUUAUCCCUUACAGCUCAAUGCAUUUUUUGCUAGUCCAUUAAGUUAAAUAAUCUUUUUCGGCUUGAGUAAGCAGUAGCCGAUACGUUAAGGCAUGGUGGCUAGCUGGUAAUUGUGAAAAUGCGAAGCUAGCGUUGUGGGAAGGGCUGCGUCUCUCUGGCAGGUUUACUUGUUUGUCCUCUUUUGUGAUCGUUUUGCUUUUAAUGAUUAGUCCCGUCUUUUUUUGUGCGUGUCAUUUCGCCUUUUUCAACAAUGCGUUAAAGGCACAAGGUGUCUAGCCAGCACGGCCAGGAUGGGGACGCGUAUCGCUAAAAUAAUGGGCUGCGAAGGCGUUGCUGUUGAACGGUUUUCGUGAUGUUUGGAAUAUCCGUGUGCUUUACUUCAUCUGGAAAAUCAAACACAUUGUUCAUUAUAUUAAUGUAUGUGGAUGCGUUGUUUACCGAUGAUUUGGAUUCGUUUUCUGUCGCGUGUAAAGGCCUUGACAGACACAGCAUUAGCUUUUAUUAAUUAAUAUCCAUAUUUUGGAAGGACUUUUUUAAACAAAAGAAACAUGGAUCUUAAUUUUUACUCUGAUCUGUCGGACGGCACGACACCGCAGUCUGACCCGGAAUUCUUGGACUCACAGCCGUACAAUGGAUACGAUUCUGGGAACAAGUUUCCUGGGGGCAGUGACAAUUACUUGACCAUUUCAGGGGGAGGCCAUACCUUCCUUUCAUCAUCUGAGACGUUCCACACCCCGAGUCUGGGAGAUGAAGAGUUUGAGAUUCCGCCCAUCUCCCUGGACCCGGACUCGGCGCUGGCCGUCUCUGACGUGGUGGGCCAUUUCGCCGAGCUGUCCGACGGCAGCGUGACGGGCGACCCCUCCAGGACCGAGGCGUGUGUGAGGAGCGCCGUAGUCGGGGGGAACGAUCCCUCCUUCGCCUCCACUUUCGUUAACCCCCCUUCGCAGGGUCUGGAGCGCCUGACCCUUGGGGUGAUGAACCAAUCGGCAGCGGGCUCUCUCUUGAGCUCUACCUUGGGCAUGGACCUUGGACAAUCAAUUGGUUCUCAUUUCAGCAGCUCCUCCCCCAUGACCAUCGACGUGCCACUAAGUGACAUGAACCACGGCCUUCUGGGCCAUAACCAGUUGACCACUAUUGACCAGUCGGAGCUCAGCGCCCAGCUGGGACUCAGCCUCGGAGGUGGGACGAUUCUGCCCCGCUCUCAGUCCCCAGACCAGCGUCUCUCCGCCACUCCUUCGCCAACAGGCUCAUUGCAAGGUGAUGAUAUGGACGACUUCCGGCAGAAGAGCGUACUGGUUGAUUCGCCAGUCUCUCUGUCCGUCUCUCCCGCUGUUAUCUCCCUGAGCCCUUCCCUCUCUGGGUCUCCGCUCUCCUCUUCCUCGAUUCCCCCCCCGGCUCUUGUCCCUGGCGGCUUGCGGAGCGGAGGGGGUAAGCCGGCCAUGGUGAGCAGCAUGGGACCGGGAACGAGCGGAGGAGGCGUGACGACGGCUGUGGGUAAAAAGGGGAAGAAGAAGAAGGACCCCAACGAGCCGCAGAAGCCGGUGUCGGCCUACGCCCUCUUCUUCAGGGACACGCAGGCGGCCAUCAAGGGCCAGAACCCCAACGCCACCUUCGGCGAGGUGUCCAAGAUCGUGGCCUCCAUGUGGGACAGCUUGGGGGAGGAGCAGAAGCAGGUUUACAAGAGGAAGACUGAGGCGGCCAAAAAAGAGUAUCUGAAAGCUCUGGCGGCUUAUAGAGCAAAUCAGCUCUCGCAGACAUCCAUUGAGGUGAUGGACACAUCUUCUUCCCCUCCUCCUCCUCCCCCUCCCACUUCAGUCAUGCCCCUAGCACCUGCUACGCCCGCUGUGCCCGCUGCCCCCAUAGCGCCCUCUCCUCCAGCCCCCAGCCCCAUGCGCUCCACGAGGAUCCCCCACCACGCGCCCGACCAGAACACCAUCACCAACAUCUGCACCUCCAAUAUCAUCCUGGACCUGCCGCAGGUCACCACCCGCUCGCGCACAGGUGCGCACAAGACCCCCGUCCCUUCUCUGGCCCCCCCCACCGUCACCAAGAUCAUAAUCUCCAAGCAGGUGCUGGCAGCGGGGGGCGCCCAGAUCCACCAGAUUCCCACCUCGGUGGUGACGGUCAUCCCUGCACGCGCGCUGCCGGCGGCCAUCGCCCCCUCCGCAGCCCCCCCUGCCGCUCGCCAGCCGCCCCCCCUGCAGCAGAUGCAGCAUGCUCCUCCACCCCCGCGCCUCCAGCAGAUGGUGCACUCCCCUGCCCCACCGCCCCUCCAGGCCAAGCCUCGCGGCGGCGGGGUGUCGACUUCUGUCACUGCGACCCCGCCCCCUCCCCUGCAGAUCAAGAUUGUCCCUGCACCGGUCCAGGCUGAGCUGGCAACACCUAUUGUGGUAACCACGGCAGCAGCGACUGUCGCUUCCCCUGUCACCUCAUCUGUGCCUGUCCCCACCGCCUCCACCCCCACGUUGGCCUUGGAGGUGGAGGAGUCCGCGACCAUGGUCACUUCCUGCACCGUCUCUGCAGCUGAGGAUGUUGCAGAAACCGAGGAGUUCACCUCAGGAGAGAUGGAAGUGGAAUUAAACGUGUCUCCAGGUUCAGAGGAGCCCCUCUCCGCACCCCCUAGACGAUGUGUCCGCGCCGGCUGUACCAACCCCCCCGUGGACAGUAAAGACUGGGACCGCGAGUACUGCAGCAACGAAUGCGUGGCCACACACUGCAAAGAUGUCUUCAUGGCCUGGUGCUCCAUUAGAAAUCAGAGCUCCACUACCAUUGUCAAAUGAGUUUUCUUUACCAAGGACCAAAGGGGGUGGGGGAGUCGCAAAUUGGGGAGAUGUAAGCGAGAGGUGAUAAAAACAGACCGGUCAGUGUCAGAGGAAUAGAAUGAAGGUGAUGGAGCAAUUAGUUCAUGUAGAAUAGACAAUCCUAAUUUUCAGUAUUUCUCCCUCCAUCGAGCUGUUCCAGUGGGCUGACAUGUUGAGCAUAUUUUAUACAUUUAUCUUUUUUAAAUAUAUAAUGGUGACAAAUCAACAGUUAGCUGUUGGUGUAAGGCAGCCAAUUCUCAUUACAUCCUAAAAUGGAUUUUCAUACCCCACACCCAGCCCCUUCCAGAAGUGCACUCCUCGUGCCCAACACAUUCCUGCCAGCCAGCUUUGGCACACAGGCAACUUCCUAAGCGGAUGGGUUUUCUACCACUUGGCAAGAAAUGUUAUCCAGAUCUUCUAUCCCUUUAUUUUUAUGUUGUUGUUUUUUUUUUUGGGGGGGGGGGUGGGUUGCCAGUAAUUGUUGUUGUUGAAUUACUUUGAAUUGUUAAACUGAAUUGGAGAAGGGGUUGGGUUGGUUUACUGGAUUCUAAAUUCUGUAAAUUUCUUUUAGGAAAUGAGAAAUCUCCAGUUUUUUUCUUUUUUGGUCCUUUGCAGAAUGGCGGACAGGCAGGAAGUAUAAAUGAAUGCCUAAUAAAAUAAAAAAUCAUGGAGUAGCAUGAAAUCUAUGAA